AUGUCGUUCAUGAACCGCAUCGGCAAUCAGUUCGAAAGCCUUGGCCUCGGCAACAAAAGGGACGGUGGCCAGCAGCAACCCCCCCAAUACUAUCAAGCACCUCCUGUCCAGCAGCCUGGCUACGGGUACCAGCAGCCCCCAAGCCAAGUCAGUCAAGGAGGACCCCCUCCCACGCAGUACUAUGCCGCCACUCCUCCCGCGCCGCCGCAACCACUCUACCAAACCCCAUCCACGCCUGACAAGCCGACAUUGCCAAUGGGAUGGACAACUCUGUUUGACCAGCAACAGCAAAGAUGGUACUAUGUAGAGCAGUCAACGAACCGGACACAAUGGGAGGUUCCGACGGCUCAUUCACCACCACCUCCACCGCCGCCGCCACCGCCUCCAGCUAUGCCGUCCGACACUCGACACUCCGACAUGUCUAGGGACGUGUACUCCCCUAGUUCGCAGAAUACCGCUUACGGACAAAGUGGAUACCUGCCCCAGCAACCAGCCGUAAACACUCCUCAAAGCCAAGGAGGAUAUUUCCCCGCAGGAGAAGCGGGAAAAUACACCCAGGCGCAACCUGGGUAUAGCCCUCAACCACCCCCCCAGCAGAUGCAACCUCGACAGCCCACUAAUGCUUCGGAGAAUUCGGGUGCCGCGGUACCUGAGGCAAAGAAGAGCGGAAAGAGCGGGUUGUUGCUUGGCGCUGCAGGUGGACUGGCUGUCGGAGCCGUCGGUAGCGCCCUUGUAGGAGGUGCUUUGCGCCGCCAAGAAGAUAAGUACGAAGACGCUUAUGAGGAAGGGCUUGAAGACAGUCGUCCUGGUUACGGCGACGAGGAAGACGAUGACUAUUAA